AUGCGCCCGGUAAAAGUAGCCAUACUUUCCGAGCUCGCCUCUUUGUCUUCGCGGGCCGCGGACGCCGGGUUAGACAGGGAGGGAGACGUUAGCACCGGCGCGUUUCGACAAUGCACACCGCAUUCGGAAAAAGCGGGUUUUGACGGCCGCCGGCGCGCAUUCCCAUGCAAGGUAUGCCCCGCGGGAGCUAUGUCGGCAAUU